AGCUUCAAACCCUGGCUCGAGGGCCCCUCUGGGCGUGCCCAGCGGCCGCCGCCGGCGGCCGCGGCUCGGCCGCCCCCGAGCCGCGUGUGCCCUCGGGGAGCGGCGCGGGCGGCGGCGGGGUUGGCGGCAGCCCGCGGCCCCGCCGCUCCGCGCGCCAGGACCUCGGAUGGUUACCUCGUCCCUCUGGGCGUGCAACGACGCUUCGACACCAGGGUCUCCUGGUGACCAGUGCGCACCGAGACAUGGGAUGAUGUUCCAGCCGGCGCACAAGUCUUCGUCCAGCAGAGACCAUGCUCAAAAUCGGUCUUGCGACCGCGACAGGCUGGAGAAGAAGGGUCGCAGGCGAGUCACCUUCUGCAACCAGGAGGAUGAGGUAGUGUAUUACGCGACGCCGACGGACUUCGACCGCAGAGAGGAUCGGGUCCGCGAGAACAUGGCCCUCCUUAAAUCAAACCACGAGAGCGUCAUGCGAGUGUUCGGGAGCCUCUACGACCUGUUCGCGAGCCUCGAGGUGGACGAGGGCGCCUGCCUGCUCUCCCCGCAGGUCCUCGACGCGGAGACGCAGGCCAAGAUCAACAUGGAGAGGCUCGCGGCGCGCCACCGGCGGGUCGUGGGCCUGCUUCGCGAGCUCCUGCCCUGCAAGUGAAACUCUGCGGGGCGCGGCGUGGUGCCGGGGGGCGGCGGCUGCGCGAGAGCUGCGAGGAGCGUCCUUCGGGAGCGGGCAGCUGAGGAGUUGAAGGAGAAGGAGCUUGAGUUGGAGACGGAGGACGAUUUGUGGAGCGGCGCGGUCGCUCCGAAGCGUCUCGUGGGCACGUGGGACGCUGGCGUUUGCUGGCCGCCACGCGAGGCGCUGGCCGGGCGGGGUAGAAUUUGAAUGGCCGUGGGGCAUGCGGAGUCCAUGCCAUUGUUGUUAUGUGUCUCACCGUCCUCUGCGCCUCCUCUUCUUCUCGUCGUCCUCUACUGGUCCUCGCCAUCCUCCGUCUCCUCUCCUGCCCUCUUCUGGCCCUCCUGCGCCCGCCCCGUCUUCUUGCCGUUUCCUCCUGUGCAUGGAUCAGUGCUCAUCUUCCAACUGCAGCCCGAGCGCGUGCCGGGCUUCCGCCCUGUACAUAGCGAGCUUUGAGUGGUGUGGGCACUCCUCACUGUCAGAGACGAAUUCUCCCCGCGCACGCCCCGUGCCCACAGUCGGCCCGCACAGUAAGGAUGGGCAGCCUCCCCAGGGGCACCCCUGCAUCCUUGCCCCUUCGGCCUAUCCCUGUUGACUUCCCGGUGGCCAGCCUUGCAGGGCCCUUGCAUCCUUAUCGCGCAUCCUCAUGAUACGGGUUGACUGUAGAAGUCUUGUGUUAUUUUCGCGCGGCGAUACUGGUUCGUCGCCCAUGCACCGCCUUUGAGUAGCUCUUGCGCACGGCGAGUAAAUCAGCCGUGGGCUUGCCAGCUGUGUGCUGGGCUACUGGCCAGCCAAUUUAUGUGCGCGGGGAUACGAAUGCUGUCUAGGCGACUUACCAGUUUUGGCCGUUGUCAUGCUUACCUAUUGCGAAGUCUUCUGUGCCAGUAAACAAUGAUGACAUCCGUUGUCGUUUCACCAUCUUUGCCUUAUCCCUGUCAUGACCAGCAUCGUACACGGGCAUCGCUGGUACGCGUCAAGCACAAGCGUAACGUCGUCAUGCUUUUCACUGUGGUCACCUCGUGCCCUCGGGCAUGUUCUGCAUUCACACGACAGUGUGUAUAAUCUUGAACUUUGUCAGGGUGUUGUUCAAUCUCUUCGCUCAUUCCGCC